AUGAGUGCGCUCGGAGAAAUGACAUUGUUCUUUGGUUUACAUGUCAAACAUGAUUCUCGAGGCAUUCUUGUUCAUCAAGGGAAGUAUGUGGAUGAUGUGCUAGCAAAAUUCAAGUUCACUGACGCUAAACCGGCUGAAACUCCAAUGGAAGAAAGACCUUUACUGACUAAACAUGCAGAAGGAUUCCCAGUUGAUCAACACCUUUAUAGGUCUAUUAUCGGGUCUUUGAUGUAUCUGACAGCGAGCCGUCCAGACAUCAUGUUUGUUGUCUGCCACUGCGUGCGAUAUGAGGCUAAUCCUAAAAACUCUCAUCUUACUGCUGUUAAACGAAUCUUUCGGUACCUUAAAGUCCGACCUCGGUUUGGUCUGUGGUAUCCGAGGGAUUCCAAUUUUGACCUGUUUUCGUUUUCUGAUAGUAAUUUUGGAGGCACUGACAAGGACAGGAAAUCCACAUCAGCUGGAUGUCAAUUUUUAGGUGACCGGCUCAUUUCUUGGCAAUGCAAGAAACAACAAACGGUGGCGAUUUCCACAUCUGAAGCAGAAGGUCUUAUCAAGCUGGAACAAAUCGACACAGAUGCAAAUGUUGCCAAUUUGUUCACAAAACCUGUCAUGGAUUUGAAGUUCAUCUCGACACACAAUCAGGAAGGUUACUUAGCACCACCUCCAGAGAAGCACAAGAAGUUGUAUACAUCGUUGAUCAAGGGAUUGAAUAGUUGCAGAAUUGUUCACGCUUUACGAGAGAAUCGUGUCGUCUAUGAAAGUCUUGUUCAAGAAUUCUGGAAGACUGCCAGAUUUGAUGCACUUGGAGCAGGAGGUAAAGGAGCGAUUGUAGCUGAAAUUCAGAAGAAGAGCGUUACUGUAACCGAACAGAUGAUAAGGGAGGUUUUGUAG